AUGCCCGCCCCUACUCCCAUGCCCUUCUUCUCUGGGCCGGCUCCUGAGCCUGGGACGCCUAUGGUAGCUAACCUCAGUCCUCCAACCGGCGACCUCGAGGCCGUAAUGCCUCUGUCCAAGGUCCAGCUGGUGCUCUGGCUCGACUACCUCCGUCGGCCCAUGGCCACCCACUACCUCCUCACCGCUAAGGUAGACCUCGGCCACCAUGCGGUUUCGCUGGAAGACAUUGUUCGCGCCAUCCAUCUUCUCACCCGCCGCCACGCCAUGCUGCGGAGCACCUUUCAUGUUGAGGACUCAGGUGCGGCCGCAGAUGAUUUCGAGAAGGCCUACAUGGCCGUUCACACCGCGGAGACGGCAUUUCCCGACAUCGAAAUGAUCGACCACAGCCAGACCGCUGGUUCCAACCUGAACUGGCGGCGGGGCUUCGAUCUUUCGACACAGUUUCCCAUCCGCUGGGUCAUCUGUACGGAUACUUCUCCGCGCGGUCAGGGUCUGCCGGGCCCGACCUGCACGCUGUACGUGGUGGGCCACCAUAUCGCCGUGGAUGGCUCCGCCAUGAACCUUCUGUUCAAGGAGGUGCUGGUAAGCCUCGGCCUUCGAGAUGAGGAACGGGAGCAGGCGGUGGCAACGCCCCAAAAUCAGUUGUCUUUGUUUUUGUCGUACGGCGAUUACAUUCAUCAACAGAAUGCCUAUCUACGGAGCUCUCCCGGUCAGGCCGCUCGCAAGUUCUGGCUGUCCCAGGUCCGCCACACGACGCCGUUUGAGUGGAACAUGGCGGCGGCGGGGACGGCGGCCGAGGUAGGCGGACGCGAGAUCCCGAACCGCACCAUCGACACAUGGUCCUUCUGGUCCAACGAGGAGAUCAGGAAGUGGAGUCAGCCGUACAAGACGUCUUGGUUCCGCAUCGUCGCGUCGAUUGUAGGCCUUGUGACGGCGGGCGCCUCGACGCCCGCGCCUCACCACGACCACGCCCUAAUGGUUGCAUUCGCGAGCCGCCCGCCGGCCUUUGCAUCGUGCGUCUCGCACAUGGCCAACACGAUGCCCGUCAGGUUCCCGCUGUCGGCCUUGUUGCGCGACGGCGGCAAGGCCACCUUCGCAGACGCCGUCAAGGCCUUUGGCAAGAACCUCUCGCAGGCCAAGAGGCACGAGAUGUACCCUUUCAUGACACUCAUGGAGGAGGCGUCCAAGGUCAUGGACGACGGCUUGCUCCGCUUCAAGGUGGCUUUGUCUUUCACCCCCAUGCCAGCCGACGGCCGCUACGCCCUGUGCCCGAUCGAAGGAGUCUGGGACCUUUUUUUCUGUUUUCUUAGGCAGGACGACGGGGUUUCGCUCGGAGUCAUCGCCAACCCCCGAGUGUUUGACCAGGAGGCCGUCUCCCGGCUCAAGACCAUGUUCGUCGAGACGGCGGCCCUGUCACAGACGAACCCCGAGUUCCUCCUGAGCAGCCUCGAUUUCAUGCAGAAUCGCGAUCUGGGGCAGAUCAUUGCGGGGCCGCGCAUCGACGACGUGGAGGCCAUCAGCAACUGCCGCGUGCACCAAUGGAUCCGCGCGCGCGCCGCGGUGCAGCCUGACGCCGUCGCCCUGUUCUCGGCAGAGAGGCAGGCGAGCAUGACGUAUGCAGAGGUGGUCGGAAAGAGCGCGCAGAUUGCCAGACUCCUCGUUCGAACCGGCACAGCGCCUGGCGACAAGGUGGUGCUGCACAUCGACCGCUCGUUCGAGACGGUCGCGUGGAUCCUCGGCAUUCUCGAGGCCGGCGCCUGCUUCGUGGUCAUCGACAAGGCGUGGCCGGCAAGGCACAAGUCAGCCAUCUGGGGAGUUCUGAAGCCGAAGGUAAUCGUCACGGACACGCAUGAGGUCCCCAAUCCCCAUGGUGCCGUCGUCAUCAACACCCUGGAGCACAGGGACGAGAUCACGUCAAUGCCAAAAGAACCGCUCGGGAUCCAGACGGCCAAUGACUCUUUGGCAUCUGUCAUCUUCACAUCGGGAUCGACGGGACAGCCCAAGGGCGUCAUGAUCGACCAGGCCAACAUCAGCCACUUCGUUAGCGCGACACGAAGCGUCUACAAGAUCGGCCCGUUCUCGCGAGUACUGCAGUUUGCCUCGUUUGCCUUCGACGCGUCCUUGCUUGAGUGGGCCGUGACUCUUGCGUACGGCGGCACGCUAUGUUUCGCCGAACAACCGCAGGUCCUGGUAGGCGAGUACCUGAGCGAGGUGAUACGCCGCAACCGCGUCAACUUUUUCCAUACCACCCCGUCUGUGCUGUUCACGCUUAGAGAUGCCGUCGAGGACGAUAGGGAUAACUACCCGAGCCUCAGCAUCGUCUCUGUCGGCGGGGAAGCCUCGCCGGCUGGUUUGUUGAACCAGUGGAGGCGGAAGUUCGAGGUGCUACACGCCUACGGGCCGACCGAGACCACGUACGUCAUCCCUCAAAAUUCCAACCCCGACGGCGAGCAGCAGAGCCCGACGCCGGGGUCGUCGGUCAUUGGCACGCCGCUUCCUAACACGCGCAUCCUCAUCUGCGCGCCAGACAGCUUGGAGCCGCUUCCGGCGGGCAAAGUGGGCGAGAUCUGCAUCGUGGGCCCGCAGACGGCUCGCGGCUACAUCAGACAGGAGCAGCUAACGCGGUCCAAGUUUCACACGCUCGGCGUGGAGGGCGGCCGUCAGUUGCGUCUCUACCGCACGGGUGACCGCGGCUUUCUCUCAGUCGAGAACGGCGUCCUCUCCAUCAGCGGUCGCAUGGACACCGUCCGUGAGAUCAAGGUGCGCGGCUAUCGCGUGAACUUGCCCGAGGUCGAGCGCGGCGUCUUGGAAGCAAGCGACCUCAUUUCCCUGGCAUCAGUGCAAGUGGUUGAUGGCUCCCUGGUAGCCCUUAUAGUGCUUUCUACAACGAUCGCUGGCAGCGGCGGCGCUGCCAGAGGCUCCGUCGACACUGCUACGUGGGACGAGCAUGAGGCUGAGCUGCGCGCAAAGCUCGCCGCUAACAUGCCCAGCUACGCUGUUCCAUCGCGCUUCGUCGUCGUGGACAUGCUGCCGCUGAACCCGAAUGGCAAGAUCGACCACGUCCAAGCGGGCAAGCUGGCCCAGAAGCUGGCGAGUGGUGGGGGGGUGGAAGCAGCCAAACCCGAGAACACGGCUGCCGCCGCAGUACUCAGCAGGCCUAAGACUUGUCCCGUCCCCACAGCAAAAGACGGCGAGAUGGCGGAGCAGACGGUCGAAAUCCGCCGGGCCAAGCUCACGGCACAGGUAUCUGAGCUCUGGCGUCAGAUUCUCCGCCUGUCGGGGCCGCUUGGCGAAGACGUAUCCUUCUUCGACGCGGGCGGCCAUAGCAUGCUCCUCGAGCGGUUGCACAAGGCCAUGGCGGCACGAUUCCCCGAGGCCGGCCUCCGGCUACUGGACCUGUUCUCGGCAGCGACUAUCCGCCAACAGGCCGACGAGCUGCUUGCGCGCAUGCCUGUUCAGCGGCCCCUCCUGGAGGAGUCUGCUUGGUCCCAGCAGGACUUGGCAUCCUCGUCAGUGUCAACGAGCCCGGGCCGAAGCAACGCCUCGUGCACGUCGUCACCGUUGACGGGCCCUUCCUCAGCGGCACCGAGCCCUGCAGGCAACAAUUUGGAUGGUCUGUUUGCGAUCACGGGCUUGGCAUGUCGCUACCCCGGCGCCAACAAUCCCGACCAGCUCUGGAAUCUCUUCAUGGAGCGGCGGGACGCCAUUACCACGAUUGAGAAGCCGGCGAACAGGGGGUUGUCAUGUGAGCUAACGGGGGAUGGCACGUUUGUCCCGCGGUACGGGUUGAUUGACGGCUUGGACGAGGUCGACGGCGCGAAGUGGUCUAAGACAGAGGAAGACAUCAGGGUUCUGGAUCCCCAAAAACUCGUUUUUCUGGACGUCGCCUCUGAAGCGCUUGCCGACGCCGGCAUCUCUCUCGCCAGAGGCAGCAGCACCAACAACAUCGGCGUUUUCGUGGGUGCCGCGCCAAAUAUUAGGUGCCUGGCCCCCAAGACGGGCGUGUGCCCCAAUCACACCUUUGAGGAACACUACCGCUCCCUGCUGGACCCGCCCGUCGGAACCCUGGCCGCCUACAAGCUCAACCUGACCGGCCCCAACGUGACGGUCAACGCUGCCUGCGCCUCGUCCAUGACGGCGUUGCACCUCGCCCUCAACUCUCUGGCGCAAGGCGAGUGCUCACACGCCCUCGUUGGCGGAGUCAGCAUUAGGUACCAGGGCGAGGGCGGCUAUCCGGCCGUACCCGGGCGCGACUUCUCACCCACGGGUUCGUGCCUCCCUCUUGAUGCUCGCGCCGACGGCGGCUUGCCGGCAGACGGCGCGGCGGCCAUCCUGGUGCGCCCCUUGCGCGAUGCCAUCAGUGCGGGAGACAGCGUGUACGCCGUCAUCGAGGUGCACGCCAUCGGCAGCGACGGGUCCGUGGCCAAGGCCGGGCUGGGGGUCCCGUCGGCCCCGGGACUGGCGCGCACCGUGGCUGUGGCGGUAGGUCGUGCGCCGCGCGUGCCUACAUACAUCGAGAUGCACGCGUCAGGCACGCCGUGGGGCGACGCAAUCGAAGUCGACGCCCUCCGGAUCGCGCUUGGGGAGAAGUUGAAGGGAGCCGCGGGGGGGGAGGCAGCGGCAGGGAACCGAUCUCCCGCACCGCUCAUGGUUGGGUCGAGCAAGGGCAACUGCGGCAACACCGAGGCAGCGUCCGGUCUGCUCAGCUUGAUGAAGGCGGCUCUAUCUCUCAGGAAAGGAGUGGUCCCGCCGCUUCGGGAACUGAAGGAGGCAAACCCAAAGUGUGGAUUCGACGCCACUAUUCAGCCUCUGCGCGAGCCAUUGCUGCUGCAACCCUCGGUCCGCAUCGGCGUCAACAGCAUGGGGUAUGGCGGGAGCAACGCGCACUUUGUUCUGGCAGCCCCCGAGGUGUACGGUGCCGUCGGGAAGGGUUAAGAUCGCAUCUGAGAGCGAAAGUGUCAUGUGGCGUUUAUGUAUGAGUACGAUAUUAUGCGCGCGAAGUGGAUGGUUAAAGAUUCUUCGAGACCUUGAAGAACCAGUUCGGCCAGUGUUGUAGAAAUAGAAUUUCAAGUCCGAAUUGUGAUGGAAGGUGGCCCUUCCUAGGGCUAUGACCGCCUUCUCUCGCCGGAAAGUACAACCUGAAACCC